AUGUCAAAUCUUGCCAAACUUGAAUUUGCGACCUUAGACAUCUCAGGCAAGAACUAUUUGUCAUGGGUGUUAGAUGCUGAAAUUCACCUAGAUGCUAAAGGUUUAGGAAAUACUAUAUUAGCAGAUAAAGAAGCAUUUAAUCAAGACAAGGCAAAAGCAAUGAUUUUCAUCCGUCAUCAUCUGCAUGAAGGAUUAAAAGUGGAAUAUCUCACUGUGAAAGACCCUCUUGAGUUGUGGAAAAAUUUGAAAGAACGAUUUGACCAUCAGAAAACUGUGAUACUCCCUAAAGCUCGUUAUGAUUGGAUGCACUUACGGUUGCAAGAUUUUAAGACGGUAAGUGAAUACAAUUCAGAACUUUUCAAAAUUAGUUCUCAACUAAAAUUAGUUGGAGAAAACAUAAUUGAUGAGGACUUGUUAGAGAAAACAUUUUCAACCUUUCACGCUACUAAUGUGCUCCUGCAGCAGCAAUACCGUGAAAAAGGUUUUAAAAGAAAAUAUAGAAGUCGCGGCCGUGGUCAUGGACGUAGUGGGGGACGUGGUCGAGGACGUAUUAGUAAUCGUUAUCAUGGUGGUCAUAACAAUGAUACUUCUAACCACCAGAAAAAGAAUAACAAUGAAAGACAAGAAAGAAGUGGUCAAAAUAAUCCUUCAAAGAUUGUUGAGAAUAUAUGCUACCGAUGUGAAUAUGAAUAUUCAACAAAAUUUCGAUAG